CUAGGAAGCGCUGCUGUACCACGAGAUUGCUUGUCUAGCCUCUAGUCUAAUUGGCGAAAAUGGCGACGUCCAGGUUCGUGGAUGUGGAGCUCGCGCCUCCCGUGCCGGUGUUUGCCCUUACAGCUCGCUACAGGGAAGACAAUCACGCCAACAAGCACAACUUAGGAGUGGGAGCGUACCGUACAGAUGAGGGUUUACCGUGGGUGCUGCCCGUGGUGCGUACCGUGGAGUCCCAGAUGGCCGCGGACCCCAUCCUGAACCACGAGUACCUCCCCGUCUGCGGACUGGACAGUUUCUGUAAGGCCGCCACCAAGCUGGUGCUGGGAGAGGACGCCGCCGCCAUCGCUCAAAAUAGGGCUGCAGGUGUGCAGUCGCUGAGUGGUACAGGUGCGCUGAGGCUGGGGGCGGAGUUUCUCAAGCGCUGUCUGGGCAUGAACGUGAUGUACCACUCCAAACCAACAUGGGGGAACCACCUUGGAAUCUUCAAGGAUGCAGGAUUCACAGACAUCAGGGAGUACAGGUACUGGGACGCCUCCACCAAAGGGCUGGACAUCCAGGGCCUGCUGGAGGACCUGAGGGCUGCACCAGAAGACUCUGUAGUGAUCCUCCAUGCCUGUGCUCACAACCCCACCGGUGUGGACCCCAACCACAGUGAGUGGGAGCAGAUCAUGCAAGUCGUCANGGAACGAAGGUUGUUUCCGUUCUUUGACUCGGCGUACCAAGGUUUUGCCUCGGGUGACCUGGACAGAGACGCGUACGCCGUAAGACUGUUUGAAAAGUCAGGAUUUGAGAUGAUGAUCGCACAGUCCUUCUCCAAGAACUUUGGUCUCUACAACGAGCGCACGGGAAACCUGGCGGUAGUUUCAGCGGACCCAGAGUCCCUGAGACGAGUCCGUAGUCAGAUGGAGAAGAUUGCCCGUCCCAUGUGGUCCAAUCCGCCCAACCACGGCUGCCGUAUAGUGGCCACUGUCCUCGGCAAUGCUGCGUUUUAUGCAGAAUGGAAGGACAACAUCCGGACCAUGUCCAGCCGGAUCAGCGACAUGCGCCGCCUGCUGCACGAGAAGCUGCGCCAGCUGAAGACUCCCGGGAACUGGGACCACAUCACCAACCAGAUCGGCAUGUUCAGCUUCACUGGUCUGGGACCCAAACAAGUUGAUUACAUCAUCAACAAGUACCACAUCUACUUGAUGAAGAACGGCCGCAUCAACAUGUGCGCUAUCACCACCAGCAACGCAGAGUACGUGGCCUCCGCCAUCAACGAUGCAGUCUCAUCGGUCACCGAGGAUCCAAAACUCUGAAGAGUUCUAACCAAGCAGUACUGUUGGAUGGACACAUCCCCAUCUAGUCCUCAAUUUGGUAUAAGAUUUGAUCAUGACAGCGUAUUUGAGAUGGCUUAAACCAUACUUGGUAUAUGUAUCGGUACCGUAAAUCUUGAAAUAAUCACAGUGGUUUUAUUUGGACAGUUUUCGCUGUGACUAUUUCACCACAAAUCAUGACACGGUGAACAUGCAUUUCCAUUGUGUUACUGCAGUGACUGGACAACAGAAUUUAAAACAAUGUGAAACAGAGUAAAAACCUGCUUUCCUCUUCUACCACUAAAUAAGUCCCUGUGAAUAUAAAUGAAUUCCCCGGAAAAUAUCCAACUGGUUUUGAGUGACAAUUAGGUGAUACAGCAGUGUUGCAUGGCUAGUAGAUACUGUGGCGUGCUCCAUUGUUUGUGAAAAGUCAGUAAUACAUGUAACUUUGACAGGGUCUCAACAUGCAGUUAUAUAAAAAGAUCCUGUGAACACUGCAUAAAACAAAAACAUGGCUAUUAAAGAAUGAAACUGAAGUGAAUUGUUGAAAGUGCAAAUGCCUUAUAUAAGUAUCUAUGCACAACUUAAAAGUUCAAGAUAUAUUCAGUGUAAUUGUAUUUGAUGUGUAGAAAGAUUGGCUUACUUAGUUUCUUUUAUUUGUUUUAUUUCGCACGGUCAGAAAUCACAAACAUUUCUACCAGUACAAACCCUUGUAGCAAGGACUUUCUCUAUGAUUUUUAUGUCAUUCUGACAAAUUGUAGGACUCAAAGCCAUGUGUAGUGUUUUUUUGGCAAGAGCCACAUAACCAGAUUUAGAGUAAAAUGAGAGAUGCAUUAUUUUGCUGCUGUGAUAAAUUGUGAAGUUGGGAACAAAAAUGAAUUUGUAAAAGAGUAGUUUUGUAAUGCAUACUUCUCUUGAUAAUUGAUGUAUCAAAUGGUAUCUAUAUGUCAAAGCAUGCCACAUAUUCAAUAUAAAAACUAACUAUCUUGUACUGUAGUUAUAGCUCUCCUGGCUGGAGUAGAUACAUGUACUUCUCACUCAGAUCUGUUGAGAGUAUGGAUAUACCUCUAGGUAACUCUGGUAUAUUUCAAAGUCAUUCUCUGUAAUUUUUAGAAAUUAGAAAUAAAAGUAUUUGGCUUGUG